GAAUGAAGAGGUAGGAAAGGUCAAACAGCAAUGGGAAAGAGCCCAGCCUUCCGUCUUGACUCUGCACGGUUACUCACUAAACACUGACUCCAAGUCUCGGGGAAGAGAAUGGUUUUGGAUAUCCAAGUGUGGAACCAGACAUUCCAAGAGCUGAUGAACCCAUCCACCCGGGACAGGUGGACUCUCAGGUUGGAUGAGACCCUUCAGCCAGACCGUCUGGCAUGCGGGUGGAGGCAAUAUCAACAGCGAGCAUUUGGCAGGUUCCUGUGUUCCUUAUGUCGGCGAAACUGGUGUUCUGCCCAAGUGCAGAUCUUAUGUCACAUGCACCUGAAGAAAAAGAAGUCCCAGGGCCGUGUGCUUAUCCGAUUUUUUGGUCAAAAGUGCCAAAAGUGUUCCUGGUCUCAAUUUGAAAAGCCGGAUUUCUCUCAAGAGAGUACCCACAGGAUUCUAACCAACCUGGUGCAGCGCGUUCUGGAGAAAUUCUAUGAAAAUGGCAUCAGAAGAGUUGCAGAGAUACCAGUGAGGCCAGAAGUGCAUCUGGAAGGGGCCCAUGACACGGCCAAUUGUGAGGCAUGCUCCCUGGGCAUCUGUGAACAGGACAACAUGGUAGAGCCAUCUGAGUUGCCAUUCUCCUACAUGGAGAUUGGGAAUUACGUCAAUGGAAGCUCAGUGUCCAGCCAUAAUGCUGGAGAGGACCCUCGGUCCCAUUGGAAAACAAGUCAACAGCCAAAACCAGGGACAGUCCAGCAGGCCGUAUCAAGAGAAGGCUCAUGGCCUACUCUUCAAAUAACACAAUCAAUUUUCCCAGAGGGGGCAGUUUCCCUAGGGACUCAAGCUGCCUAUGGAAGGCAAAGGCAGAGGAGGGAUUCAGCUGGAGAGCCUGCUCCACAUAGCUUUUCAAACUCCUCUCCAUUGGUGCCACCGAAUGACUCCUCUACUCAGUAUCUGUUGUCCAUGCUUGGCUAUGUGUGUGUUGUUGCUCUGUUCACUUAUCUUGCAGCCCAUUAUAACUAGGACAAUGAAAACAGGCUGUCUUCUUCUUUUCUCCUGCCUUAGUUCCUUGUCAAUGAAUUGGCAGCCUUUUUUUUUUUUGUGGGGCCCUCGCUGGAGGCUGUGGAACGAACCAGUG